AUGGAACAAUUGCUCAAUGAAAUAUUUUUGGACUACAUUGUUAUGUACCUGAAAGGGUAUGAUAUUGUCUAUUCGUGUAGUAAUGUAAAUGCUCGUUUCGAUGAACUCAUUUACUCUUAUACGUGUCAUUUAAAUAUAACUAUUCCAUAUGAUCUUGAUCAAUUAUAUCGAACUAUACUACCAAGAAUUUGUAAGCAUAUUCGAUCAUUUAAACUUGACGAUAAAGAACAUCGAUUAAUUACAAAAGAAAUGCAUCGAUUCACAUUCUUGCAAUCACUCACAACAAUGAACAUCAUGGAUAGUAAAAUAUAUCCAGUAUCAUCAAUUCAACACUUGUCAAAUUUAAAAACGGCUUUUGCGUGUACAAUUCAUAAUACCGAUUGCGCUAAGAUUGUUUCACAAGACAUUUGUAAAUAUAUAAUUCAAGUCGAACGACGAAUUGGAAAAUUAUCAAUCAAAAACUUAACGUUUACACUGUACAAGAAUUGUAUGGGAUUGUGUACCAAUUUGAAAAAACUGACGGUCAGAGUGCGUCGUGUCUGCGAUAUGCUUACACUAGUACAAUAUGUACCGUUAAUUGAAUAUUUAGACGCGAAACUUGUUGUAAGGUUCUUUACUGAAUUAGCAGAAACCCAUAAUAUAUCCACAUGUAUUCAGUUAAGUCAGAAUCAACGAUCGUAA